CCAAAAAGUUAAAAAAAGAAAAAGGAAGGAAAGAAAAUAAUGUUGUGAGAGUGAAACAAAGAGAGAGAGAGAGAGAGAGAGAUAUCCCUCUCCGCCUCCGGUGCUAUGAACACACCGGUGUGGUGCUGAGACUCUCUUCUCAAAACCCUUGCCCUCCAAACCACGUUCUAGGGCACAAUCUGACAAUCACUAUUCCCCUUCCGCCCCUCCUCUUCUCCCUUAUCUCCUUCUUCCCCAACCAUGGCCCAUGGUGGCUACGGCAAGCGCAGGGUCAACCUGGCUGCCCGCCGAUCGAAGGGUUUGACCGUUGAAAAGAAGCCCAAGUCCGUCUCCCUCAAGAACCAAAUUCGAUCUGCCGAGCGCAUGCUUCGCAAGAAUUUACCUGCUGAAGUGAGGGACGCUCAAGAAAAGAAGUUGGAAGGACUUAGAAAACAGCAAGAAAUUCAUUCUCGGCUGGCAGUUGAGCGCAAAAUAUUCUUGCGUGACAGGAAGAUAAAAUUUUUUGAGAGGAGAAAAAUUGAAAGAAGAAUUAGGCGACUUGAGAAACUUCAGCGUGCUCCAUCUGGCCAGUUUCAAGAUUCAGAUAUUGCAGAUCAACUGUCUAAGUUGAAAGAGGAUCUUGAAUAUGUCAGGUUCUUUCCCAAAACAGAAAAAUAUGUAGCUUUAUUUACCGGAAGUGAUGAUUCAGACAUGGUUGAUAGGAGAAAGAAGUUACGCGAGCAGAUUAAAGCCAAUUUGAUUGCUGCGGCAGCUAGUGGAAAGGAUUUAGAAGAGACCGGUAGUGAGGAUGAUGGGUUGCUUGACAUGAGCGAGGAUGAUUUCUUCUUAUGUGGCAGCUCAAGUGAUGAAGCAGAUGCAGAUGAUGAGUGGACAGAUAAAAGCACAAGGGAACAAGCUUCCAGUACUUCCGGCAAAGCAGCAUCCGGCAUGUCUAGUGAUGAAAAAAAUCAUCAGAGGCAGAUUUCUGCCAGAGCCUUGAUGCCUCCUCCUCGUCCAACCAAAUCAUUUUCAAGUUCAGCUCAAGCUUGGACAAAAGCUGGAUCUUCGGUGAGAAAAUCUUCAACAAAUCACAGGGCUGAGUUUUCUACAUCCAGCAAUACAUCAGGUGGUAGAAGUGGAUCUUUUAAAGCUAGGGGAUCUUCAAACUCCUCGCAUACAGGUCAGAGCAGUAAUAUAAGUUCCAAUUCUGAUGCUCACAAACCCAGAAGAAAGAGGAGGCCAAAAAAGAAAAAACAACAGGUAUGAUAGAUUGGCCUCGGCGAGCUGUAACAUUACAAGCCUAAACCUGACUUCUGAAGUGGAUUCUGAAUCUUAACCCUUCCAUGAAAGUAUCUUAUCGGCUCUCGACCCUUUUGGCAGUUUGCUGCGUAUAUCAAGGGUUUGAGAAAAAUUAUUUCCUUUAGUUGUGUAAUGAUCUAUGAUCUUUUAUUGUGGCUCUUUUUUCCUUUCUUGCUUUCUUCCCUUUUGGAUCAUCAGAAAAAUCUUCACAGGUUGUGGUUUUGGGUUGUUUUCUUUUCUAUACGGUUGAAACUUGUAUUGAAACCUGAAUCUUAUAUACCAUGCUUCCUCUGUGGCCUUUCUCAAAAUUACUCCCACUA